GAGAGAGAGAGAGAUAGGCCACGCACGCGCACGUGUCGCGGCAUGAGGGACGGCAUCGCCAUCACCGCCGCCCUGACGGCCUUCACUGCAAUUGCGUUCAACUUUGGGGCUUUCUUCCCACGAAGAAGAGCCGGAAAGAGGGUCUCCUUUUCCCCCCGAGAGGACAUGAUCCACGACGGCUACGGCCACCACCUGACCGAGGAGGAGAGAAGGGGCUUGAGCUACUCGCCGGCGGAGCUGCAGCAGUUCUCGAGGUCGCUCGCUGUCGACGCCUGGCUGGAGGAAUGGGGAAGCUGACACGGGGUGCCAUAUUCCUGUUGUGCGGUAUGUACCGACCACCGGCUGGCUGUGUGCCAUGUGGCAGGCAGCCAGUUAGGCAGCGGCAGAACCGGUGGGGGCGGGGUUGCACGAAGCUUCUCCCACAGCUGGAGAUGAUUUUUGGGUUCAUCGAAUUGUGAGAGGCAGUCGGUGUUGGUUUGCGAGUCGGUUGCGUUAGGCCCUCAAAGGCUUGUGUGCGUUCAUGUAUGUGGAUGAUGGUGUCGGUUGACACGCUCCUGCGACGAAAGUGAGUGUGUGUGAGACUCUCGCUUGCUCUGUCCCUACCGUCCUUCUAUGCGAGCACUUCUUGCUGCCAGGAGACAGGUGAUGCCCUCCUCUCCGUGUCUCACCAUUGUCGGGUGGCGCUGCUGAUGUGUCGUGUGUGGAUGCUCCCUGUUGCGCUCCGUGUACGAAUGCAUGAUAAAAUAACCUUGAAAACGAGAUACUACUACUGCUGUGCGCAACGUAAUAACCUCACAGAAAGACUACCCAUUCGAGAUAUAGUCUAAACUCAAUCGAAAGGGAUGUUUUUAGUUUUGUGUGGAGAUGAUGAGCCGCCGACUUUUUUCUUUUGUUGCUGUGUGCGUCGUUCCACGUGUGUUCCUCGCAUGAUUCCACGCCAUGCGACCGCCGUUCUCUAGUUCAUCUGCCGUUAUCUGAGGGGGAGGGGGGGUCAGCCAAAGAUUGUAGAGAGUCCUGUGUGCUCUGUGCUCAAGUGCAGCAGCUCUGGGUGCCCAACGAAUCUAACAUUCUUUGCAGACGGCUUCGACGCGCGGUGGUGUUGUGUAUAUUGCUGCCGCCGCUGCUGGGGUUGCCUCUUAUUUUUGAUGCGUCGCGUUGUGUAGGCAUUCCGUUUGUGUUCAUGCACCAUUUUUGUUCUAUUCGUAGCAUAUGACAGUUUUACGAGAGGGGACUGCUGCAUUUAGGAAUAAUCCUGCUGCAUGUUGGAGGACAGCAUACUUCGUGUGUUUCUUCGUGUACCGUAAGGUAGUUUUUUACUGUCUGUGUGUGGGAGAUUAUUAGCAACGAAAUAUCUCACACUACCCUCCAGAAGUAGACUUUUCCAACAGAUUGGAGAGUAUCACGUAAUAGGUGCGUUCGGGCGUGAAAAUGUGAUGAGGACAUGUUUUUUCACGGCUGCCCUGUCUUGGGCACGCUCCUGUGACUACAGAUGUCUAUGCUGUGACUACAGAUGUCCACGCCUUAGGGUCGCCUGAGGGAUGUGAAACUCCUUGCAUCCGUUUCUCUCUGCCUUCCAUUUCUCAGCCGAGUGUGUUCCCUUCGAAAUCAUUUCCAUGCAAUAGUAGUUAGCUUUGUCGUGCGUGCUGUUGAAUUAAUAGUGGCGGUGGCUGGACCUGGUGUGAACUUUGCGGUGUUUCUGUGGUAAAUGGAUGGAUUACCACUGCUGUUGCGGUGCUGCUGCGGCGACUAACAGAAAAAUAAAACUAGGUAUUUUCGUGCUUUGCAGUUGGCAACAGCAGUAUUAUAGUAGAUAUUUUCUUCCGGCUGGCCGGCAAUGGAUGGAUUGUCGGAAGACAGCGUGUCGAUUAGAGGGCAGAGGGCAAUGAAGGAGACAAAUCGGAUGCGUUUAAAAGGCCCGACCAUUUUCGUAGAGGAGGGGGUAGAGCAAAAUACGGUAACGGGUGUUCAGCUUAGGUUUAGUUUCGUCGUGCGAUGGCGAGUGAUUAUGGGAGACGAGCCCACGCACUAACUUGCAAGGGGUGGUGGGUGGUAUUUGGUGGCAGCGUCGUGCGUCGUUUGUUUUUCAUCUUUCUACAAGGCCUUUUCAACCGUUCUAGAAGAUGUUAGAUAGGAAGCGUGUGUAGAUUCACCGGCACAUGCGUACCAUCAGCAUCAUUAACUUGCGUGAAAUAGACUGAGAAGAAGGCGGAUGCUCGAGCCUUUGGGAUACCGUCGAGUGCGAUAUACUGUAGUGUGGUGCAACGACAUCACAUCGAUCGCAAUCAAUCUCGAAUUAUUUUAUGUUACAGGUAGCGGUAGACAGGAGAGAGAGAGAGAGAAGGGGAGGGUGUGAAAGAGGUUGGGAUGAAAGGGAGGGUCCAGGAGGCAAGUUGGACGUCUCCCGUGAUUGGUUGGUAAGAACGAAGAGGAUGAAUAAUAUAAUACAUGGAUUCUUUCACUGGGUCACCUGGUGGAUUGCAACGAAGUACCGUAUUUUUUUUCGAAUC